AUGUCGAGCAACUUCAGAGCUAGAUCGCGCCCGCCCGGCAUGCGCGUUGAAGUCCUCGACAACGCCCGCUUCGUCCACCGCCCGCUCGACGUUUCCUCCAGGGACGCCAUCCCGCUCAGACAACUGUACGAGCUCCUCGACGGCCUGAAGACGCCUGACUGGGCCGAACCUCGACAGAAGUGGAAUGAUGCCGUCUCGCGGUUCAAGCGGGACAUUCGGGCGCUGUUUCCUGAGACGGCAUACGGCUCAGGCGUCUCGCGCGACUGGGCCAAGCGCCUCUUCAUCUACCCUGAGCCUGCUCAUGGGUCGUGGAAGGAGGUGCAGGAGCUUGAAGGUGAGAAGUGGGAGGACCGCGAGCCGACUGGACAACUUUGGUUCGGCGUCCGGCUCGCGACCGAGUUGAAGAAUAUUCGCGAUGGAAAUGGUGUCGAUGAGGUCGACGAUUUGGCGGCAAUCCACCACGACCUCAAGCACGUCAAGCUCGUUCUCCUCGGCUACCGCGCCGUCAACGUCUUGCAGCACAACUUCAGCCACGCUUCACGCCUCGGCUACGCCUUCUCCGACUUCCUCGACUUGCUCAACUCGAUCAGCCCGCCUACACUCAUGCAUGGGCACCGCAUCGACGAGGGUUCGGAGGACGAAUUCGCGAGGUAUAUUGCGACGUACCCAGCGACGCUCGAGAGCGAAACUGACGGCGAGGCGGGCUGGCAGAAGAGCGGCUUGAGUUGCUGCAGGGUAUGCAACGGUGCGAGUUUUCACGUUACGCUUCGCCAAUUUUCACCUACGCUUUCCCUGCACCCGUGCCACAUUCUCUCGGCGUCUCGACCGCCAUCUCCCGCUUUGUUCCGUCAGCCUGCUCACCCGAUUUGCCGGCAUACUCUCGAAUUCUCCUGCUUCACGCACUCUUCACAGCCUCGCCGGAAAAGGGCGAGCUCAGCAUGUCGGAGAGUCCGCGGACAACCUUCCGCAGGCCUUCGCACUCUCUCUUCUCUCUCGCGCUUCUCCCUCCUCCGCCCCGCCACUUCACUGAUGAGCGACCUUUCUCACACUGUCGGAAGUCGUCAUCCUCACGAGCGUGCGCACGUCUUCGCCGCCGCCAGCGAGACCUGGAGACCUGCCGGCAUAUCCGGCCGCGACGCAAUCCCGCUCGACACCUUCCACCGCAUCAUCCGCGACUUCUCCGUACCGAAGUGGACGAAGGGGGACCGCCGGUGGAAGGAGGCGUUUUACGACUUCAAGCGCGAGCUGACCGCUCUCUUCCCGGCGACGCCGGAGGGUAUGCACGAGUGGAACAAGCUGCUGUUCCGCUACGACAGGCCGGCUCGCGAGGACCAACGUUGGCCCGACUUGCGCGAGUUUGACGAGGGCAGAUGGAAGGGCCAUAAGCGGACCGGCCAAUUCACCUUGUACGUUCCCGCCCUCACUGCGAUUUGCGAAGAAAACCCAAUUGACGGUAUAUUCCUACAGGACGGCUUCAUUGCCCCUCUUCGCGAAGUCAAGCACGCCCUUUUGGGUGUCCGCGCCAUCUUCGUCCUCCUCCACAACUUCAACAAGGCUACGACAGCCGGCUACAGCUUCAACGACUUCAACGAUCUCCUCAGCUCCAUCGCUGCGCCUAUCCACCACGAUGGCGAAGUGCUCGAUGCAGAUGCGAUGUCAGAACUCGAAGCGGCCGUCGAGGAGUACAAGGAGGAGAUCAGGAGCAAGAUCCGAAAGGCGGCAGACUGGCACAACCUCGCUGUCAUGGUACGUCCAGCAAACGCUGCCGUUCUCGGCACGUUAUACAUUGCCAUCACGGUCCGCAACAACAAGACAUCUAUCGAGUCGGGCCGCUGGAACGCCAAAGCAAUUGUCAAAAACGCCCAAGUUCUGUCCGGCUCUAUAGAUACGAUCCGCCAAAUCUCGGAAAGCCUGCCUCGCGCACCGGGGAUCCCACAUCGGCGCCAGGCAGCCAGAGGACUGGCAGGGCUUUGCCGGGCUUGGACGUUCAGGAGUUCCUCAGCGGCCUCCGCGAGCAGCGCUCGCGCUCAAACUCGCGCUCAUCAUCUCCGGCUUAGACGAUACAGCAAGGUUGGGAGGUUUGGCACGGUUCAGCCGGACAUUCGCAGAUUCUCGGCAGAAACUUUAUCCUUCCUCGCAAGACACGUCGGUCUGGAAGAUGCGGAGAGUGCAACAAGAGAGCACCGCGCAGGCAGAGUUUGA